CGCCGACAGCAUCCUGCUCACUGUCAACGGAUCAAAAUUGACUCAUUGCCGACGAAGGCUAUUGCAAUUUCGUCAAAAGUAUAUCGUCGUGACCGCCGUCGAGCGACAUGGCGAGCACCGGACCUUCGUCGUCGGCAACGUUCUCGGCGGAAAAGUACUUUGAGACCCAACCAGCACCUGCAUCUCUCGACCACGAUGCUGGACUUGUGCGGGACUUCGUGCGCAGGCAGCUGCAAGAGGGGCGCAAGGUCGUGCUCGUCACGAGCGGUGGAACGACCGUUCCCCUCGAGAUGAAUGUCGUUCGCUUUCUGGACAACUUCAGCGCCGGCACCCGAGGUGCUACGUCCGCCGAAUACUUCCUCAAGGCCGGCUACGCCGUCAUCUUCAUGCAUCGCCAAUUCAGCCUCCAGCCCUUCAGCAGACACUACUCACACUCCACGAACCCGUUCCUGGACUUCCUAGAGAUCAACACCACUACAUCUACUGCCGGCUGCCCGGAUAUGAUUGACAUCACUGUUACGCCCUCCAAGAAGUCUGACCUGCUCGAGGUCCUCACGGCGUACAAGGCCGUCCAGCGAGCGGGGACGCUCCUCACCCUCACAUUCGUCACCGUGAACGAUUACCUUUGGCUUCUACGCGCAGUCAGCCAGGAGCUCUCCGUGCUGCGUCGCAGCGCAAUGUACUACCUUGCGGCUGCGGUCAGCGACUUUUUCCUGCCCACGCAGAAAAUGUCAGAGCACAAGAUCCAGUCAGGCAAGGGUAGCCUACACAUAGAGAUGGACCAGGUCCCGAAGAUUCUCAAGCCUAUGGUGGACGAAUGGGCCCGAGGUGGCUAUGUCGUUUCCUUCAAGCUAGAAACGGAUCAGGCGCUUCUGAUCCCCAAAGCGCGCGGCGCACUCGAGCGGUACGGCCAUCAAGUCGUUAUCGGCAACGACCUCCACCGGCGCAAAUAUGAAGUCGUCUUCAUCUCUCGCACCGUCUCAUCGAACCCAGCCUCAGGAUCGCUUGCCACGACCGCGGAUGCGGGCUGUAACCCUCUUGACGUGUCGCAGGCGCCACCUCUUCAGUCCGAGUUCACGGAGCAGUGGUUGCGCAUCGACCCCGCAUUAGCCAAUAAACCGGAUCAUCCCAGGGAGAUCGAGGAGGAUAUCGUGGGCGAACUCGUCAGACGACACGAGACGUACAUCGAGGCCACGACCGCCGCUCUGCCUGGCAAGUCCGGGAUGACGAUUGAAGGAAACAUCGCGGUGCCCCACUAAAUCGCAUAUGAGGAUAUAUAAUACAGAAGAUCUAAGCGGAAAGAAAAACAAAUGUAUGCUACUUAGGAUAGAUCUCCAGAGGAUAGAUGCGCACAGAUCAGUGUCACUUCCUUGAUUGCAAGCCCACAUAUACGAGCGCUGAGGUCUGGGGACGCCCUACAGACACAGCUCCCAUCUGUUCCCUCCGACCUCCCACGCCUUUCCCUCCUUAGCCAUCCAUUUGAGUGUCUCAUCCACGCUAGCCUCACCAACACGCGCCCACCGCCCAUCCGUGCGCUGAAGCCAACCCGUAACGUCCUUCGCCGUAGGCGAAGGUACGAGCGCGACCAGGCUCCGCGACGACAUGAGCGCCAGGAUUGCUGCCUCGACGGGUCCGGCUAGAACCGCGGGUGACAGGCUCACGUACGCCUCUUCGUCUGGCGACGGCUCGCUCAGUGCGCCUUCAUCGUCUCCAUCCUGGCUCCGAGCGCCGAAGUUCGCGGUGGAGACGGCGCUAAGCGAGUACGCGGACCACAUGCUAGCGCUGCCCUCCGUCGAAAACGUGGACUCCGACCUGGUCGGUGACGCAGGGCCGGAAGCAAACGUUGUGUCUGGCGCGACCUGCGAUACGGAUGAAGCCUGCAAACCGGACGUCGCCUGCGAGACAGAAGCGUUUUGCGAUACGGAUGCACUCUUUGAUGGCCGCCCCCACAGCCGCGCGUCGGAGCCCGGUGGACGAUUCCACGCGGUCGCGAGUGGACGUGUGGGCCCGUCCCAAAGCACGAUUGCGCCCUGCUCGUGCAAUUGGCGGAUCGCAUACUGGAACAGGCGCUUCAUCUUCUGCGCCGGGCGCUCCUUUCGCUUGUGCGCCGGCUGCGUCGCUGGAGCCGCAGCAGGAUUCUUGCCUUUCGCCGCCGCAGCGAGCCGCUCCUUCUCCGCCUUCUCCCGCCGACGGCUUUCAGCGUGCAGCACUCGCCGGGCUAACAAGUCAAGCUCCGGGACGCGACGGAGGUGAGACAGUGUGAAGCCCGAGGUGUCUGGCGCGAACAUAGUCUGGGCCUGCGAUGGUCGCGUGGGGCGGGGUGUCUUAUCC